CGGGGCCUGUUUUCUGACUGCAGCCUCCGAGUCCUUCCUGUAGCCCGGUUGAGGAAGUGAAUUUCGCUGACAGGGCUGGGUUCAGUGAGGGAGAGGCGAACAAAACAUCUUCCGAGGGGGACUAAACAAAUAACAAAUCAACAAGAGACGAGAGGAGCGGUUUGUUGAACCAUAUAAAAGCUACGGUAUACAGUCAUCGGUGAAAUCGUGCUCCCCUGCCCCGCUGAGACCGCCGCAGACAUGAAUGACCAGCAGCUGGACUGUGCCCUGGACCUGAUGAGGCGUCUGCCUCCCCAGCAGAUCGAGAAGAACCUCAGUGACCUCAUUGACCUGGUGCCCAGUCUGUGUGAGGACCUCCUCUCCUCUGUGGACCAGCCCCUGAAGAUUGCCCGGGACAAGGUGGUGGGGAAAGACUAUCUGCUCUGUGAUUACAACCGAGAUGGCGACUCCUACAGAUCCCCGUGGAGUAAUAAGUAUGAACCUCCCAUUGAAGACGGUGCAAUGCCCUCAGCCCGCCUGAGGAAACUCGAGGUUGAAGCCAAUAACGCCUUUGAUCAGUACAGAGACCUGUACUUUGAGGGCGGUGUGUCCUCUGUGUACCUCUGGGACUUGGAUCAUGGCUUCGCCGGAGUUAUUCUCAUCAAGAAGGCUGGCGAUGGAUCCAAGAAGAUCAAAGGGUGCUGGGACUCCAUCCAUGUGGUGGAGGUGCAGGAGAAGUCCAGCGGUCGUACUGCUCACUACAAACUCACCUCCACCGUCAUGCUUUGGCUCCAGACAACCAAGACUGGUUCCGGCACCAUGAACCUGGGUGGCAGCCUUACAAGACAGAUGGAAAAAGAUGAGACGGUUGGAGAGUCCUCACCCCACAUCGCCAACAUCGGCCGCCUUGUUGAAGAUAUGGAGAACAAGAUCCGCUCCACACUGAAUGAAAUUUACUUUGGGAAGACCAAGGACAUCGUCAACGGCCUAAGAUCUAUUGAGUCUUUGCCUGAUAACCAAAAGUACCGGCAGCUCCAGAAGGAGCUGUCGCAGGUCCUCACCCAGCGUCAGAUCUUCAUUGACUAGGGUCAGAGGAGUGUUCAGACUCUGGCUGACAAGUCAAAGCAGGAGGCUCUGAAGAACGACCUGAUGGAGGCACUCAAACGCAAACACAACAGCUAGAGUUGCUACUGUUUCUGUUUUUUUUCUCUCUUCUCUCUCUCUCUUCUUCUUCUUCUUCUUCUUCUGUCUCUCUCACUCUCUCCGCCUCAUCUCCGCCAUCUUUUCUCUGUUUCUUUACGUCUCUCCCUCCACGCCUGUUUCAGUGCUGCACUCUUGUUUAUUUGUGGGGAAAAAAAAACAAAAAAGGAGAAAAUGCUUAGCUUUUUAUUUGGUUUUUUUUCUUCUGUCUUUUUUUGUUUUCAUGCAUCUCAUCUGCCAUGAAGCCAUCGACUCACGCUCCCUCUGUCUCUCUUCGCCCCUCUUUUCUCUCCCAUGUAAUGAAUAUAAUGAUAGUAUUACCACGGUUAAUGAUAAUCUUACAGUGUGAGGGUCAUUGUAGUAAUAAUCCCUGAUGUUCUCACAGCUGAUGUGUCCUCUGUCAGUUUCAAACGAGCGACUUUAGCCCGGCUCUUCCUGUGUUGAGGAAACAGAUACAGACCGUGCUGUAGGUGGCGUAGGCUCGGCGGGGCUGUCAUUAUUAUGUACAUCAAAUUUAUUUCAAGCACCUACUUUUGUCUACAACGCCCCCACCCCACUGAUAUAUUUGUAUAAAAUUAUUACUGUCCGUGUAUAACUGUCAUUCUUCUGGUGUGAACACGAGGGCGGCCUUCAGUUCGUGUUAGAAGGUUUUUACUCUUUAUUCCACUCUGUCCACGUGCAUGUGAGCCUGUGUGGGGCUGCAGUGAGUGGAAAUGUAGACUUAUCAAACAUGGGGAUGGACUGUUAUAAUCACCGGGUGAUUACACCCACGUCGUCAACCCAACUCCCAACUCCCCCACCCUCCUACACUGUGUAUAACAUGACAGUCUGCCUCCCCUCUGUUCAGCUUAUUCGACUCUUCUCUCUCCUCACCUACUAUGUCUUUGUUGGGGGUCACAGUUCGUCUUCAUGUCUCAGUGGAAACCUUUGGCCGUUUCCAUUUUGGAGGGGAAUCUUUUUGUUGUAUUUUUGUUUUGUUUUUAUUUUGUAAAGCUUAUGAUUCAUAUUGUAUUAGAGCCUCCAGCAACAAUAAAAAUAGUAAAAAGCUA